UAAACCCUCGCCGCCUCCCCCUUCCCGCGCCGCCAAAGUCCUCCACCUCCUCCCCGAGCGAGCCCGAGGGCGGCACCACACGCGCCAUGCGGCCACCGAGAGGGCGCGGCGGAGGCGGCCGCUUCGGCGGCGGCGGCGGCCGUGGCGGCGGCGGGGGCCGGUUCGGCGGCGGUGGCGGCCGCUUCGGCGGUGGGCGCGGCGGCGGCGGCGGGUUCCGCGACGAGGGCCCGCCCGCCGAGGUCGUCGAGGUGUCGACGUUCCUGCACGCGUGCGAGGGGGACGCGGUGACGAAGCUCACGAACGAGAAGGUGCCCUACUUCAACGCGCCCAUCUACCUCCAGAACAAGACCCAGAUCGGCAAGGUCGACGAGAUCUUCGGCCCCAUCAACGAAUCGUAUUUCUCUGUAAAGAUGAUGGAAGGGAUCAUUGCAACCUCCUACAAGGAAGGCGACAAGUUCUACAUCGACCCCAUGAAAUUGUUGCCCCUCUCGCGCUUCCUGCCACAGCCAAAGGGGCAAUCUCAAGGAGCACCGAGAGGUGGUGGCCGUGGUGGAAGAGGUGGUGGCCGAGGCCGGGGUGGUUCAUUCCGUGGUGGAAGAGGACCACCGAGGGGGCGUGGUGGGCCUCCAAGGGGUGGAGGGCGUGGCGGCUUUAGAGGCCGAGGCAGAUUCUAGGUGUAGUUUGAGUCUGAUGUUCUACAAACAUCAUAUCCUACUCUACCAAAUAGGAAGUUUUCAUGUUCUUGUAACCCGAUGUUAAAUUGGCAGAGCACUUGCAACUUUUUAUGUGUGGAACUCAGAUUCUCUAUUGAAAAAUAUUACCAGUUGGCCUUGUUUAUGCUGA